AUGGCUCUGUUCCCAAGACUAAGCACCUCCUUCGGACCGUCCCGACAAGAACUCGGUCCUUUCUUCAACCUCUUCAACGACACCUUCUCCGAGCUCCAGAAGUUAUCUGAGACGGCCUCUCGCACCUUUGCCCCCAAGUUCGAUGUCAAGGAGGCUCAAGACAAGUACAUCCUCGAGGGCGAACUGCCUGGCAUCGACCAGAAGAACGUCAGCAUCCAAUUCGAGGAUGACCAGACGCUGACCAUCAAGGGUCGGACCGAGCACUACCGAGAAGAAGGCCAGAAGCCGGAGCCGACUAAUGGCCAGCAACAAGUCGAAUCCUCCAGCAAAGAGGUGGCCACCACGGGACCGAAAGACGUGGCAAAAGCUGAGCCCAAGCACACCUACUGGGUCUCGGAGCGCCAGGUCGGCGAGUUCGCCAGGAGCUUUGCCUUCCCCAACCCUGUCGACCAGGACAAUGUGAAGGCCAGCCUCAAGAACGGCAUCCUGAGCGUUGUUGUUCCCAAGCUGGAAAAAUCCAGAGGGGCCAAGAGGAUCCAGAUUUCCGCCGAGUAA